CAUCUGUGAGAAAACUCUUGGAUUCCUCUGAAAAAUCAGAAACCCUAAUCUUCUUUGGGGCUUUUUCAACAAACCCUAGAAAGAUUCACGUUAUUGAGGAGAUGUCGAGACUUACCGGUCGAUCGGAUAUCGAGCUUCCUGAUGAGAUUCUAUCGAUAAUUCCGACAGAUCCUUUCGAGCAGCUGGAUCUCGCGAAGAAGAUCACGUCCAUGGCGAUCGCCUCUAAGGUGGAGGUAGAGGUGGUCGGAUUAAGGCAGGAACUCCAGGUGAUGGGAAUGGGUAUCCACGAGCUCGAGGGUAAGGCGUCUCGUUUCGAGAGAGAUUUCCGAGAAGCCGAUUCAAGGUUGAAGAUCAUCCUCCAUAAUAAUAUGAGUCUGACAAAGGAACGUGAUUCACUGACAACAACAGUAACGGAUUUGAAUAGUGAAAUGGCUAAGCAAACAGAACCUGUUGAUAUCAGGACAUCUGACCAGUCAGUUCCUGAUUCGUAUCCAGACAAAGCUUCGAAGUACACAGGACCAAGAUUUUCUGUUUCUCCCUGGAUUAGGCCAACUAGAACACCGGAUAUAAUCUCUCCUCGAAGUAAUUCUAGUGCAGGACCGCCCAAGAAAACUUCAGGUGCAAUGUCUCCCACAUAUACAACUCUUUGGUACCCCUCAAGCCAGCAAUCAUCAGCUGCAAGUUCUCCUCCUCGUGGCCUCCCACUUCCAGCUUGUACACCUCGGAUCGAUGCCAAGGAGUUUUUCCGUCAAGCCAGGAGCAGAUUAUCAUAUGAACAAUUCAGAGCCUUCUUGGCUAACAUCAAAGAACUGAAUGUUCAGAAGCAAACCCGAGAGGUGAGACACAAGUCUGGUGGAGGAGGAUGGAGACCCAAGCAGAAAGUAUAUCACAGAGUUCAUGAGCUUGAUAAAGCAAUAGACUUGAACAAGAAACCAGCUCUGAUACUCCAGUUGAAAUCUAUUAUUCAGGCGCAGAAACAUGGAAGCCUUCUUCUUAGGGAUCUUGAGAAGCAUGUUGGGUUUGUUCACAAGUGGAACUUAAUGGCUGCCAUUGAGAAAUACCCUUCGAUAUUUUAUGUAGGAGGUGGAAACAAGGAACCUCCUUUUGUUAUGCUGACUGAGAAAGCUAAAAAGAUUGCAGCUGAGGAAGGUGAAGCUACAGAGUCAAUGGAACCUAUUCUGGUUAAUAAUCUUAGGAAGUUAUUGAUGAUGUCUGUUGAUUGUCGAGUGCCUUUGGAGAAGGUUGAGUUCAUUCAAUCUGCAAUGUGUUUGCCUCAAGAUUUUAAGAGUACAUUGAUCCCUAAGUACCCUGAAUUUUUCUCUUUAAAGGUGAUCAAUGGAAAAGUUAAUCUUGUCUUAGAGAAUUGGGAUUCUUCACUGGCAAUCACUGCACGAGAGGAUAGGUUAUCCCGUGAAGGAGUCCCCGAGUCAGUUGGGGACAGAAAGAGGGUCAGGAUAGCAAAGGAUGGCAAUUUCUUGGGACGAAAUGCUUUUAAGAUUUCUUUUCCUCCUGGUUUUAGGCCUAACGCUAGUUAUUUAGAGGAGUUUGAGAAGUGGCAGAAAAUGGAAUUCCCAUCUCCUUAUCUUAAUGCGAGAAGAUUUGAUGCCGCAGAUCCUAAAGCUAGGAAACGAGUUGUAGCUGUGCUUCAUGAACUGCUCAGUUUAACAAUGGAGAAGAGAGUGACAUGCGCUCAGUUGGAUGCAUUCCACCCUGAGUAUCUGCUUCCGUCAAGACUAAUACUUUGCUUGAUAAAGCAUCAAGGGAUCUUCUACAUUACUAACAAAGGAGCAAGGGGUACGGUAUUUCUCAAAGAUGCUUAUGCUGGUUCUAAUUUGAUCGAGAAAUGCCCAUUGUUAUUGUUCCAUGAUAGAUUUGUUGCACUCUGUGGUCGAAAAGAAGUCAAUCUAUCUAAUGAAAUGCAGUCUUCAAGUGUUUUCUCCUAAUCUUAUAUCAAGCAAAUAAGAUUCAGUUUUUAGGACCCUGAACCUGAUAAGCAUUUCACUGUAUCAUUUCUUCUUACCGUCAGUGUCUUCUCAUGUGAAGAAAAGAAACGUACUUGU